UAAUGGCCCAUUAGGUAGCAGCUAGCUAUGUAAGGCGGUAAAUUUGGAUAAGUGGUAUAUCUCACCCCAUGUGUAACUGAUGAAACGAGUGGUUGUUGGUAGGGUACAUAGGUACACACGAGUAAUAGCAGUGUUUAAAGCCUAUUGUUUGCUUUGGUGAGAGUACUACAAUCUGAUCUACCAUUUUUGUCCGUAUAUGGUAGUAGUAGUAUAGCUCAGUUGGGUCGGACCUGAGGUAGUCUCGUCAAACCUUGGCGAGCUUAGCAAUGUGUGCUACAUACUGUACCAAGCAGCGGUACUUCUCUCAGUUCCUGUUUCCAACUAGCUUGAUAAACCUUGCGUGCAGAUUUUCAACUUGUCCCUACAUCCAACUUUGUUCGUUUAUCCAAUAGGAAUGGAAGUUGUCAAAGAUUAAGGUGUUGUGUUGUUCGAGAGAAAGACACAUUUUUCAGUAACAGUCUCUAUGUUUUCCAGUGUUUAAAACUGAUUGUUUGCUUUGCCAAGAGAGUAUUAUAGUCUUCACCCUUUGUGUCCGUGCUUGUACCAGUAGUACAGCUUCAAUCAGGUUUUACAUUGGAGGUAGACUUGAGUUUAGCAGUGCCCUUCUCUCGGUCCCUUUUUCCAAUUUGGUUGAUUGCAGGUUCUGACUUGUGCUCUCUCAUAUAUCACAUUGUUCUUUUUUCCAAGUAGGAAUAUAAGUUCAAAAAAAUUUAAGGUGCUGUGUUGUUCUAAAGAACGAUGCUUUUUAAGUACUAGUCUCUGUUUUUGCUUGUGUUGGGAUGAUUCAUGGAAUGUUCUCUCUCAUGCGUUGUGCGCCCACCCUCGUCGAGCCAUGGUAAAUCUCAGGCUGGCCAUGGAGCUAUGCCAAUUUCCAGCGUCUUGGGUUUGUUCGUGACCUGCCUGUGGUGAUUUUGUUAUUAUAAUUAGUGUCAUCGAUUAGUGGAUUACUGUGUCCUAGAUAGAGUGAGUGGUUGCGGCAUCAUGAGUCUGCACUAAAUGAUGCAUCAUGCAUACCAGAGCCUUUAAGCGAGACAUUUUUUGUGCAGGAGUAACAUCAAGUAGUUUGUAGUAUACAUACCACAUUGUUUAAAGUUGACCACUUGCUUUGUUGAGAGAGUAUUGCAAUCUCCAACCUUUUUGUAUGUGCUAGCAUUAGUAGUACGGCUCUGUCAGGUUGGGCCUUGGAGGCAAACUUGAUACGAUGCAUUUGAGUUAAAACUGAAUUCGUCUGGAUUAAAAUGGCAAAACUGGUCUCUGGAGAGAAUAAAAAAGUUAGAUGUCCAAGGGUUCAGUUCAUUGUGCCACUUGUUUGUUCAUGCCGUCUUCCUGUGUGGUGGAUCCAUCCAGCUUCGACGUGUCUACGAAGUCGCUCCUGGUCACGUCGAACACUCUCUUGCUGAUCUGGUGUCAUGAACAAACAAGUGGCUGGGUGAGACGUUGUAGUCGGUUUUUACUCUUGAUUGCAUCUAGAAUGGUAAGAGUGACGGUAUAUAUGAUGUAUAAGCAAGCAAAUAGUGUGACAAAAUUGGAAUCCUUAGACAAGGCAGAUAUUACCAUUAUAUUCCUGAACAGAACCAUGAUGACAUGGGCAGAGAUACUACUACGAUUGCGAUGUGGAGUACAACCUAUCUCUCUAUCUAGUAUCAUUAGUAAUCAUUCAGUAGUACUAGUUGGCACCACCACUAAAUUGGGGCACUGCACUCAGGAGAACAGAUUUUACAAAAGUGGAUGUAGGAUGUGUAAGAAGCAAACAGAGAGUGUAAGAAUUGUGAUUUAUUUCAAACAAGGCGGGUAGUAUUAUACCGGGGAACACAAAUUAACCAGCUUGAUUCGGAUGUAAGAAUUAAUGAUGUAUGCUGGUCAUGUUGGACACUCCUUACUGAAUCAUGGUGACAACGAUAGAGACAGUAGUGUGCUCUGUGCUGAGUGUAAUCUAACGAUUCAGACUGAACUCGGGAAAAAUAUACUUAUAUGUAAACUGGAUCAUGAGACUAUCCAUCUAUCCAAGUAGAGAAAACAAAAUCGGCGGACAGAUUGGGGGAGAAGCAAGCAGGAGGGGGACCUUGAAGGCGUUGCGCGGCUUGCAACCCAUGAGCUGGAGAGCGCUCUGCAGGACGGGGCGCGUGUAGCGGAAGCCGCUCCCCUGGCGGCCGUCGGCGACGGCAAUGUAGAGUGACGACUGCUGCGGCCCAGGUUGACAAAUGGAAAGUAUCUCGUGAAGAUAAAAUUAAAUUCUCUCAUCGAACUAUACACUUUCUGCUCCCGUGGUUGAAAAACUUCCACCACGAGCAGAUGCAAGAGAAAAUUGUUGAGGCAACAAUUAAAGGCACUGGUGCAUGCGAAGUGAAGGUUCCACAAGCUAAUUGUGCAAAAAAUGAAAGGAUAUUCUGUAACAACUGCAGAACAUCUAUAGUUGACUUCCACAGAAGCUGUACUAAAUGUUCCUAUGAUCUCUGCCUCAUUUGCUGCCGGGAGCUUCGUCUUGGGCGUUGUCCUGGUGGUGCUGCUGCAAGUAACAUGGUCCUUACACAACCCGAGGUAGAAGGCAAGGAAGAUUUGCAACAGACACGUAGUGAUGAUAACGGCGUGAGUCAAAAGAUUCCUGAUGGAGAGAAUGGCCUGUUGAGGAACAGUGCAGUUCCUGUUGAGGAUAGUGCUGCUGCUGCAAGUAGCAUGGUCCUUACACAACCUGAGGUAGAAGGCAAGGAAGAUUUGCAACAGACAAGUAGUGAUGAUAACUCUGUGAGUCAAAAGCUUUCUGAUGGACAAGAGUACAAAGGGUACACCACAAGGGCGGAGGCGGAAGUUAGAUACGCACGCUAUCUAGCAGGAGAGAGGAGGGAGCGUUGGAAGAACCGGAUGAAGACCAGUUUCAUCGCGAUUAUGCUCAUCGUGAUGACCGCAACUCUCUCUUCUAUGUGAUGGUAGUUGAGAUGAUUGAU